CAAGAAUGAAAAUCUGAAGUACAGAAAGCACCACGCCAGGAUAGCUGCGUGGCUACGGAGACACACGUGACCUGUGGCCACAGUUAGCUCGCUUCCAGGCAUAGGAUGAGGGAUCAAAAAAUGAGUGAACCAGCAGAAAAACACAAUUCACUUCAAGAGAACCAAACUGAUCAAAGUUCUCCUGAAAAAAGCUAUCAAAUUGGACAAAAGCAGUUGCAACAAAUCGAGCGGCAGUUAAGAUGUCUGGCAUUUCAAAAUCCUGGACCACAGGUGGCUGACUUUAAUCCUGAAACAAGACAGCAGAUAAAGAAAGCACGGAUGUCAAAGAUGAAUGAAUAUUUUUCUGUGAAAUACAAAGUCAUGAGGAAGUAUGACAAGAGUGGCAAGCUGAUCUGCAAUGAUGCAGACCUCUGUGACUGCCUGGAGAAGAACUGUCUGGGCUGCUUCUACCCCUGUCCCAAGUGCAACUCCAACAAGUGCGGGCCCGAGUGCCGCUGCAACCGGCGCUGGGUGUAUGAUGCCAUCGUUACGGAGACCGGGGACAUCAUCAGCACCCUGCCCUUCACCGUCCCAGACUAG